AUGCUGCUAUUGGCUGCAGCCGUGGCAUCGGUCCAGGUCCCAGACCCCUCCUUCAGCCUGUCCAAUGAGAGGACUUCGAUUGAGAGGACGUAUGAGCUGACCAAGUACCUGGAGCAUCAGCUGAGAGAGAUAAAGGACACCUAUUUAUCCUACCUGGGCCCUCCGUUCAGUGACCCAGACUUCUCCCCUCCGCGGCCCAACAGCACAGCCCUAUCCCUACCCAGCGCGGCCACCCGUCUGGAGCUGUGGCGGGGCCUGGAGAACCGUGCCAGGCUGGCCCAGAACCAGAAGGCUUACUCUGUUCUGCUGGGGGCGGUGAGGGAGCUGGCCCGCUCCACCCUCUGCCCCUACCUCCAGAGCUCCCUGCUGCACUUUUCUACAGGCCUGGACGGUCUGCUAGGGUCUAUAUCAGGCCUCAUGAACACGCUGGGGUAUGCCCUGCCGUCCCCCCUCCUGUCCUCCUCCCCUCUGCUGGCGGUGCGGCCGGCGCUCAACGACUUCUCCAGGAAGGUGGAGGGCUUCUGGGUACUGAGGGAGCUGCAGAGCUGGCUGUGGCGCUCCGCCAAGGACUUCAACCGCCUUAAGAAGAGACUCAGAGUCUGA